UUUUUUUUUUUUUCUGGAUUUUUAAUCUAAUUAACAAUUUACGCGUUAGAUUAAGGAAACAUUUGUUCCUAUACAAUGUCAUCAAGGGAAACGACGCCAACUAUUACUGGUAGAUUUACAUCUCCAACUACUUCCAAUGCGAAUAUAAUUAAAAAAUACCCCGGAACUCCAAAGAGUCCCUUAUUAAAUAAUUCAAGCACUAAUAUGGGAGCUCGUCAAAGACUACUCUCAAGUAAGAUCUCAGCACCCCGUCCAAUUAAUUUACCAAGUUUAAGAAGAGAGCAUGCAGCAGGUACUGACAUCUCUAACACUGCUUCAUCUGCUCCUUCACAUGGUUGGGGUUCAACAUCUAAUUCUCCUUCAAUCACACCUGAAUCUAAGCAAGCUAUUUCUCCUGAACAACAUCCUUCUUCAAUCCAUGUAGAUUCUUCUAAACCAGAAAUAAGCGUAAAAAAAUCGACAGAUCAUACAUCAUCACCUGUGUUAAUUCCUCAACCUUCUUCUUCCACUAGUCGUGUUUGGGCAGUUCCUACAACACAAACUACAACACAAACAUCUUCAAAUGAAUUUCCAACCGCUGCUGAGGCUGCUUCUGGAAAAAAUAAACUAUCAUUAAAUGACGAUAAAGAAUAUUUAAAGUAUGUUGCUUCUGAUCCAAACCAUACUUCUUGGGAUGAGAUGGUUCAGGUAGAAACGGAUCCUGAUCCAGUGACAACAUCAACUGAACGACCUGUUUCACCUUCAGAAAGAUUUACAGAGGAUUACGAUAGAAGUUAUCCACCACAAAAGCAUUAUCAUAAUGAAAAUUACAAACCAACUUAUCGUCGUUCAGAGGAUCAUGGAUAUAUAAACAAUCGAUAUACUCAUAAUGAUGGUAAUUUUGAUUAUAAACGUCAUAGUUCUACAGAUGGUCAACGACAGCCGUAUCCUAGUUGGCCAAGAAGAAAUAGUACAGAUAGAAGAACAAGUUAUGAUAAGCGAUCAGAACUUUAUCCGACUACUUUACUUCAACGACCUAGACGUUUAUCAGAUCAAACUUUCAUAUCAGACCGUGAUGAACAGAAUGCGCUUCAGAUUAUUCCACAACCAUCUAUUUCGUCUACUACUACAAACUCCGAAGAAAUCACGGUAGCGCAAAAGACAGUCAUGUUGACGGCUGCUGAACGAGCUAAAAAACGUAGAGAUGAGCAGGAGGCUGAAUAUAAAGCUGCGGCUGAACGUGCACGACAAAAGGCGGCAGCAUUAGCUGAACAACAAGCAAAAGAAAAAUCACAAAAGGAAAAAGACGCACCGAACGAGGAGAAAUUGAGACAAGAAGUAUCGAAAGAGGAAUCACCAAAAGAAGAUAUACCAAAAGAAGAUAAUAAACCAUCUAAUAAUGUAUUAUCCCCCCAACUCCCUGAUGUUAGUAAACCUUGGAAUUUAGUUGCUGCUAAAAAGGGACCAGUGCCUGAAAAGAAAAUGAGCACUUCACCUAUUAUUUCUCAAGAUAGCAAUAAAAAGAAUUUAGAUAAUCAAGAAAAGGAUACCAAAAAAAAUAAUACUGAAGAUGCAAAUGACGAGAAAGACACGACCACCAAUUUAUAUGAUAAAAAUAUGACAGAGGAUGAAAAGAAUUGGGAAGAUGACUGCCGAAAAGAAUGCGGUUGCUGCAUCUGCCUUCCGAAAGCAAAUUGAGCAGGAAGAAGAGCAAACAAAGAAGGAAGAAGCAGCAGUGGAAGUAUUGGACUUUACCCAAAAUGAAGAGUGGGGGGUCAUUCCUGAUCAUAUCUUGCAUGGUCGAGCUCCUGAUCGCAAUGGAUGGAUACGUAACAAUAACGAACAAAGAGGCCGUGGUCGUGGUAGAGUUAGAGAUACUACCUCUACAGGCCGUGGUGGUCGUGGAAGGGGUCGUCAAUCAUCUUUUUCUGUAGGAAGAAGCAAUGCAGAUCAUUGGCGUCAAACGGAGUCAACAGGCGAAAGCAAUCAACUAGCUAGCAAACCUAUAGUUGUGCUGGAAAUUUUAAAGCACGAACAACAACAACCAGCAG